AUGAAUGCGCUUUCGCGUCGGGAGGAGGACAUGCUGAUGAAAAAGACGAAGGAGACGGCUCUGAAGCUGUGUGAUCCCAUCGUCAAAGAAUUCGCCGAAUGCGCCGAGGGACGCACAUUGUCAGUGGCCUGGCAAUGCGGAAGCAAGUACAAGGCGGUUCAGGACUGUAUGAAG